GGAAAGCACGUGGCAGAAAGUGUUUCACAACAGCCAGAAGCAACAGAAGGACUUGACAAGAGCCUGUCAGUGUGUGUAAUUGUGUGCUUAGGAUUUCUGUCAAUGCAUUCCAGUAACCCCAAAGUGAGAAAUUCCCCGUCAGGAAAUGCCCAGAGUAGCCCUAAGUCAAAACAGGAGGUGAUGGUCCGUCCCCCUACAGUGAUGUCCCCAUCCGGCAACCCGCAACUGGACUCUAAAUUCUCCAAUCAGGGUAAACAGGGGGGUUCAACAGGCCAAUCCCAGCCUUCUCCAUGCGAUCCCAAGAGUGGGGCCCAUACACCAAAAGUGCUUCCAGGACAAGGAGGAAGCAUGGGGUUGAAGAAUGGGGCUGGCAAUGGGUCAAAAGGGAAAGGAAAGAGAGAAAGGAGCAUUUCAGCCGACUCGUUUGAACAGAGAGAUGCUGGAACUCCCAGUGAUGAAUCAGAAAUCAAAGAUCUUGGUUCUGCUGAACAUACAAAAUCACAAGAUACGUCACAUACAACACACUCCAUGGUUCCUUCAAAUAGUUCAGUUCCCCGGUCUUCCACACCUUCCCAUGGUCAGACUACAACUUCAGAACCAGGAAGCAUACAGAAGACUCCAUCCAAAGUGGUCUAUGUUUUUUCAACAGACAUGGCUAACAAGGCUGCAGAAGCUGUAUUGAAGGGACAAGUAGAAACCAUUGUCUCUUUUCACAUUCAGAACAUCUCUAACAAGGCAGAACGAAACAGUGUAUCCUUGAACACUCAGCUUCCGCCUCUCCGAAAUGACACAAAGCCUCAAGUUCCAUCACAGCUGCCUACUUCUCAAGAACAAACUCCUCCCCAGAAUGCAAAAAUGCAGCAGACUCCUCCCAUUCCAGUUCCAGUUCCAGCACCAGCACCUAAAUCUACUAGUUCUUCUUGCCCUAUUGACCAAGACAAUCCUGGCCUAGAAAGUAAUGUGAUGCCUGCAGGAAGUCCUGCUAACUCCACUCCUCUACAAGCUGAAGGAUUUGGGCAAACUUCAACUCCCAAUAAUCGAGCAGUUAGUCCAGUUUCCCAAGGUAGUAAUAGUUCCAGUGCAGAUCCUAAAGGUCCUAACCAGCAAGUAUCUGGAGGAGAUCCACCAAACAUGGGUGAAAAUCCAGAUGGGCUAUCCCAGGAACAACUGGAGCACAGAGAACGUUCGUUACAAACUUUGAGAGAUAUUCAGCGAAUGCUUUUCCCAGAUGAAAAAGAAUUUGCUGGAGGCCAAACUGGGGGGUCCCAGCCAAAUUCUGCAGUUCUGGAUGGUCCCCAAAAGAAAUCUGAAGGACCAAUACAGGCAAUGAUGGCCCAAUCUCAAAGUUUAGGUAAAGGGCCAGGACCCCGGACAGAAGGAGGGGCUGCAUUUGGUUCCCAAGGGCACAGAGACAUGCCAUUUUCCCCAGAUGAAGUUGGACCACCAUCCAUUAAUUCUCAAUCUGGUCCUAUUGGACCAGACCAUCUGGAUCACAUGACCCCAGAACAAGUAGCCUGGCUGAAAUUGCAGCAGGAGUUCUACGAAGAGAAACGGAGAAAGCAAGAGCAAGUUGUACAGCAGUGUUCGUUACAGGACAUGAUAGUUCACCAGCAUGGACCACGAGGAUUAGUUAGAGGCCCCCCACCUCCAUAUCAGAUGACCCCAGGUGAUGGCUGGGGGCCUGGAGGCCCUGAACACUUCCCUGAAAGCAUAACAAUGCCUCACUCACUACCUCCAAGAGGCAUGGCCCCCCAUCCCAAUGUACCUAGCAGCCAGAUGCGACUGCCUGGAUUUUCUGGAAUGAUAAACCCUGACAUAGAAGGUCCCAAUGUCCCAAACACCACAGGUAGACCUGGGCUUUCAGGUGUUCCUUGGCCAGAUGAUGUGCCAAAAAUUUCAGAUGGCCGCAAUUUUCCUCCUGGGCCGGGUGUGUUCAGUGGUCCUGGACGAGGAGAGAGGUUUCCAAAUCCUCAAGGCUUGCCUGAAGAUAUAUUCCAGCAGCAGUUAGCAGAAAAACAACUAGGACUUGCUUCUGGCAUAAGCAUAGAAGGAAUUAGGCCUGGCAUGGAGUUGAACCGGAUGAUUCCCCCUCAAAGACACAUGGAGCCUGGCAAUAACCCCAUCUUUCCACGUAUGCCAGUUGAGGGACCCAUGAGCCCUUCUCGGGGAGAAUUUCCAAAAGGAAUACCACCUCAGAUGGCAGCUAACAGAGAGUUGGAAUUUGGGAUAGGCCCCAGCAGCAUGAAAGGGGAUGUGAAUCUGAAUGUCAACAUCACUUCCAAUCCACCAAUGUUACCUCAGAAAAUGAGGGAAGCUGGAGUGGGUCCAGAAGAAAUUAUGAAGAUGCGCCCAAGUAUCUCAGAAAUGCUCCCCGCUCAGCAAAAAAUGGUUCCCUUGCCAUUUGGUGAUCAUCCUCAACAGGACUAUGGAAUUGGCCCAAGACCUUUUCAUCCUAUGUCUCAGGGCCCAGGUGUUGGUCUCCGGAAUCAUAGAGAGCAAAUAGGGCCUGACCAAAGGACUAACAAUCGUCUUAGCCACAUGCCACCACUACCUCUGAACCCCUCCAGUAACCCAAACAGCCUCAACACGACUCCUCCGGUUCAACGCAAUCUUGGGCGCAAACCCCUAGAUGUCUCUGUUGGUGCCAGCCAAGUUCAUUCUCCAGGCAUAAAUCCACUUAAAUCCCCCACAAUGCGCCAGGUUCAAUCUCCCAUGCUGGGUUCUCCUUCUGGAAACCUCAAGUCUCCCCAGACUCCCUCACAGCUGGCAGGGAUCCUUGCUGGUCCAACUACAGCAGCCGCAGCUGCUUCAAUCAAAUCUCCUCCAGUUAUGGGUUCUGCUGCCGCUUCACCUGUCCAUCUCAAGUCUCCAUCCCUCCCUGCACCUUCUCCUGGAUGGACUUCAUCUCCAAAGCCCCCAUUGCAGAGCCCUGGAAUCCCCCCAAACCACAAAGCAUCUCUUGCUAUGUCUUCACCAGCCAUGAUGGGAAAUGUUGAAUCAGGUGUUGCACCCCCUUCAACAGUUAGUCAGAAUGCUCCUGUGACUCUUUCUGGAAAUCUUCCUUCCAGCAGUCCUUAUACAAUUCCUCCAGAACCCACCCUGUCUCAAAAUCCUCUUUCUAUUAUGAUGUCCCGGAUGUCCAAGUUUGCUAUGCCCAGUUCAACACCGCUCUAUCAUGAUGCUAUCAAGACUGUAGCCUCAUCAGAUGAUGACUCUCCUCCAGCACGGUCCCCAAAUUUACCAUCAAUUAACAAUCUUUCAGGAAUGGGCAUUAAUCCCCAGAAUCCUCGUGUUUCUGGUCCCAACCAAGCAGGCUCAAUGGCAACUCUUAGCCCAAUGGGAAUGACACAGCCACUAACUCAUAGUAAUCAAUUGCCCUCUCCAAAUGCUAUGGGAGCCAAUAUACCUCCUCAUGGGGUUCCUGUAGGACCUGGUUUGAUGUCACACAAUCCAAUGAUGGGCCACAGUUCCCAAGACCCACCAAUGGUACCUCAAGGACGCCUGGGCUUCCCACAGGGAUUUCCUCCAGUACAAUCUCCUCCCCAGCAGGUACCAUUUCCUCAUAAUGGUCCUAGUGGAGGACAAGGCAACUUCCCAGCUGGAAUGAGCUUCCAUGGGGAAGGACCUCUGGGGCGACCCACCAGCAUGCCCCAAAGUUCAACCGAUCCAGCACUUUGUAAGUCUGGAGGUCCAGGGGGACCAGACUCUUUCACAGUUCUAGGAAACAAUAUGCCUUCAGUUUUUUCUGAUCCAGAGCUACAAGAAGUGAUUCGCCCUGGAGCCACUGGAAUACCAGAAUUUGACCUGUCCAGGAUAAUUCCAUCUGAGAAGCCAAGCCAGACAUUACAGUAUUUCCCUCGUGGAGAAGUACCAGGCCGCAAACAGCCACAGAAUAUUGGGCCUGGCUAUUCUCAUAUACAGGGAAUGAUGGGAGAACAGAAUCCAAGAAUGGGGCUGGCAUUACCUGGUAUGGGAGUCCCUGGUGGCACACCUGAUAUUCCUCUUGGCACAGCAUCCUCUAUGCCAGGCCAUAACCCUAUGAGACCACCUGCCUUUCUGCAACAAGGAAUGAUGGGACCUCACCACCGGAUGAUGUCACCAGCACAAACAGCAAUGCCUGGCCAACCCACCCUAAUGAGCAACCCAGUAGGCAUGAUUCCAGGCAAGGAUCGAGCUGCUGCUGGGCUAUACAGCCAUCCAGGACCUGUAGGUUCACCUGGUAUGAUGAUGUCAAUGCAGGGCAUGAUAGCACCUCAACAGAACAUCAUGAUUCCUCCACAGAUGAGGCCACGGGGCAUGGCUGCUGAUGUAGGAAUGGGAGGAUUUAGCCAAGGCCCUGGAAAUCCAGGGAAUAUAAUGUUUUAAGCUGCUACAUAAAGACUGGAUGGUUCCAAUCCUUGUUGAGAUGAGAUUCCAGGAGCACAGUUUGAUCAUGCAAUAGGUGAAAACAGACCAGAGGAUGCUUUGGAAAAUCUCGAAUGUAUGGAAUUUCCUGAAAACAAAUGAAUUCAUUUUAACAGGUUGUUUUUUUAAAAUUUAUUUUUUAAAAAUUAUUUUUGUGUACUUGGGUAUCCUGUGAUGGCACCUGCUUUGAAAAUCUGUAGCUGUAUUUUGAGAAUUGCCAUUUGUCACGAGUUGCACCAUUCUCUGUAUGUUUACGUCCUUCGGACUGGCUUCUCCCAGGACUCACUUAUCUUUGGGGAUUAUUUUUGUGUACUGUACUAUAUUGUAAAAGGGAUUUUAGCAGAGACUUUAGUCUUGGGGGUGAAAGGCUGUUUACUUUUAGGUGGAAAAUCCAUCUUCAGAACUUUGGACUAUUUUCCUUCAACUCAAUCUAUAGAAAAACCAAACUACAACCUCAGAGCAGAGUAUUAAUGAAAAGCACAAAAGGAACUGAAGUUCAGUGAGGGGGGUAAACUUUAAAAAAAAAAUAAGUUAAGGACAUAUUUUUCAGAUUAUGAGUGCUGUCCAGCACUUUGUCUCUCCCUCCCACCCCUUUACUGUCUCCUCCUCUGGCAGCUGCAAUACAUUGUAUUAUUUUGGGGAGCAUAUCUAGGAGAGCCCCUUCUUGUGCUGAGAGUGUUACCACUUUCAGGAAGAGGCUGGACUUGGACACUGUUACACUUGAAAGUAGUCUUACUGUUUCUUAUUUUCUCAGCACCCCUGCCUCCUCCCCACCCAGUGACAUUAACGUGGGAGUGGAACAGACACUAAAAGUUAUCCUGACUUUUUUGUGGCUUUUUUUUUGUCCCCAGCGUAAAACGUUCUGUGUAACCUCCAUUAAAUUUGGUACAAAACCACUUGCCAGGGCUGUGGUGUCAGAAAAAUAAAAUAUAUUGUUUCUUACAAAAAAUAUAUAUCAAAUGAGUUUCAUAAUA